UGUUAUAUAGACCCGGAAACCACCGCAUAUUUUUCUUUAAUCCCUUCACUCGAGAGACGGUAAAUCUUCCUAGCUUUGACUUUGCAUCUCAGGUAGCCGCUUUCUCUUGUUCCCCGAUGUCUACCAAUUGUGUGGUCUUUUCAAUUAGGCACGAAGAUCCAGUUUUUGUUCCUAUCAGCAUUUGUCAUCCUGGGGCAUCGGAAUGGACCACUGCUAAUCACCCGAGUCGCUUACCGUUUGUUAGUAGCUGUUGGGACAAACCCGUUUUCUCCAAUGGAGCCUUUUAUUGUGUUAAUUUCACUGGUUGGUUAGGAAUUUAUUAUCACCGAACGCAAUAUUGGAAAGUUAUUGCUGCGGCUCCACCAAGAUUCUCCGGUUACUUUUAUGACAAACAAUGGUGGAAAGGAAAAUAUCUGACUGAGCACAAUGGAGAUAUCUUAAUCAUCCAUACAGUAAAAUUCGAGAACACCAUUGUAUAUAAACUGGACCUAUCAGAAAAGAAUUGGAAAGCCUUCGUGGUGGGACUCUUUUUGCGAGUUUCUUCUCAUCUCACUCAGGAACUAGUCUCCCUGGAAUAACGCCCAACAGUGUCU